UGAAACAAUCCAUGAAGUAUUUGCUGUCAAAUUAACGACAACUCAGGUUUCUAGAAAGAAUAUUGGGAAUUCCCAUACAAACUGCAUAUAUAAAUGCAACGGAAGUGAUAUAUUUAUCAUUUUUACGAAGAUCUCAGCUGGGCAGCAAGAUUCUCUUGGAAAGAUAUAUGCUUUAAAAAAAAGCGCAACAACAGAUACUGUCAUGGCAACCAAACGAAAUGAACGGAAACGAGAUCCAGAUACAGAGGAGGAGAACCAAAUUGGAUCUGAAAACAAGGAAAGAAGCAGGUUACUUGACGAGCUAAGAAAAUACUUCAUGGAUCACGUGGCUAUUCCUGUUGCCGACCAAAAGCGAGCCAAAUCUGUAUUAGAGAAGAUCAAACAGGUGUUUCAACGUCAUAUAAAAGCAUCGUGUAAUCAUGAUUUCGGGGACAUCUUUCAUCAAGGAAGCUCGUACGAUGGAUUGAAAGUAAUGAAGGAAGACGAAUUUGACCUACUGGUUCCUCUGAAGAUGGUCACCGUCGGUGUGUGGGAAGCAGUCGAAGCUGAAGGGGUCAAUGGGUGCAAUGCUCCAGGAUAUUACUUCAUGAAAAAAGCUGAGAAACAUGUAGCAACAAGUUUGGACCGAUGUAUUGUUAAUGGUAAUCUUAGCCCGAUAUCCACGUUUCGACACAUGCAGUCACUGGUGCAAGGAGUAAUAAACAGAAUGAACAAAGAACUACCAGACAUAACGAUGACUCUAAGAGUUAGUGAACCAGCCCUGACCUUGGAUGUCGUGUACGGUCGUAAUGAAAAACUAUCUGUCGAUGUGGUUCCAUGCAUUGAACUUGGUGGCCGUUACUACGUUGCCAAGAGGCACCCGAAGGCUGAGAAGCAGAAUUCUAGGCAUACACCAGGACAGAAUAUCUUUGACCAGCUCUGGCGUAGAAGUUAUACAGAGAAGGAAAAGCUUAUCGUCCGUGGGAUGGACUGGGAGCAUGAAUGCCAUCGAGCAUGUCUGAAGAUCCUGAAGACAAUCCAGAAGAAAAGAGGUUCCUCCCAACUCGGAAUGCUGUCAUCCUACCACCUGAAGACCUGCAUGUUGCAUCUCAACGAUGACACAAGUAGUCCUAUCGGGUCAUGGCAUCAGGAUGAACUUCAUCAUCGCUUUAAAGACCUACUCAGCACACUAAUCAAGUUCCUGGAGGAUCGUAAGUUGCCGAAUUUUCAUAACCCAACUGAAAAUCUCUUCGAGCAGUAUACACAUGAAUCCCUUGGCAACAUUCUGCGUUGGCUGCAAGGCAACAUGAGAUCGGAGCAGAAGCUAAUCGAUAAUAUAUUGCAUGGGAAAGACUGUAAGAACGUUACCACUGACAACUUCGAUGUAUUCGUGAAGACCACUAAAGGCAACACAUUGACUAUCUCUGACAUGAAGAAUACAACUCCCGUGCGGGAAUUGAAAGAAAAGAUUCAGCCACGAACUGGGAUACUCCCGAGUCAGCAAGUGUUGGUCUCUCAUGGAAAAACUUUGCAAGAUCAAAGAAAAUUAAAAGACUAUAGCAUCCGCCAUGAGAGUAACAUCCAAAUGACAGGACGUCUGCGUGGAGGCUAGCUAACUCUUACAAUUGAAAAUUAGAACACUGGUUAAGCGAGCGCAAUUUACCGUAGUUGUGGCCUGAACCCGAGCAGAGCCAUAAUAGAUAAUGUGUAAAAUAAUUACUCUCUGUUGCAUCUAGUAUAAUACGUAGCAAUUGCGGUAAUAUAAAGUACAAUUGGGUUAUAACUAGAGGUGUUGCUAAUAAGAGUCACCCGUAACUGUGUAAAUAACAUAUAAUAGUGCUGUAAUAAACACAAAUUAGAGACAUGGAGCUGUAAAUAUAAUUAAUUAUACUGUGAAACAUUUUAAAUGGUAAUAUUAUAUAAUAUUGUUUUAGGAAUGUAGUCAAUCAAAAAACAUAAAAGUAUAUAGUGGGAAUGAUUGGUAAUUUAACCGGAGGAUUGUAAAUAAUUAUUAUUAUAUUAUACUGUAUUCAAAAUAAUUUAAGUUACCAUAUUUAACUUGAGGUGUUGUGAUAGUAGACUAGUAUUAAAAAGUAAAAUUAGUAAAAAGUAACAUUAUCUUCAGUCUAAUAAAUGUGCUGUGUGUUGGUUGUUUAGUAAUGUUUAAACAACUCACUAAAA